AGUCAGCUCCACAUCCAGAAGCUCCCGCGGCCAGACUCACGCAUCACUCCGCACUCGAGGUGCCAACUGCGGCUCUGACACAACUCGGCAGAAGAGGAAGUGGAGAAGCUUGACACUUUAUAUAAAAAAAAGAGAGAGAGAGAGAAAGAAAAAAGGGGGCUCGCUGUGAUUUUGACAGCCUCUUCAUCCUCUUCUUCGUCUUCUUUUGGGGAUUCCUACUUUUUUAUUUUUAUUUAUUUAUUUUUUUAAAGCUGCAUCCUUCUUGUUGUUGUGUGACUUUGGGGGGACGUUUACUUGCACGCGUUAUCCGGACAUGUCUUUCCCUCAGCUGGGGUACCCCCAGUUCCUCAGCGCCUCCCAUGAGGUGUACAGCACCGAGCGGCCGGCCUCUGCCCGGGAAGGAGGCGCCGAAGGCGGCGUGAGCUCGUCUGCGACCGCCGCGGCCGUCGGCUCUAUGCUGGGAAUGUACGGGAGCCCAUGGGCUGCUCACAACUACAGUGCCUUUCUGCCGUACAGCGGAGCCACAGACCUCGCCCUCAUCUCCCAGAUGGGCUCUCAGUACGAGCUGAAGGACAGCCCGGGGUCUCACCCGGCUCCCCUGUCCGUCCACACCGCUCAAGGCUUCUACCCAUACGGCCAGUACCCGUACGGAGACCCGUCCAGGGCCAAAACCGCUACCAGGGAGACCACGAGCACCCUGAAGGCCUGGCUGCAGGAGCACCAGAAGAACCCGUAUCCCACCAAAGGAGAGAAGAUCAUGCUCGCCAUCAUUACGAGGAUGACGCUCACACAGGUGUCAACGUGGUUCGCAAACGCCCGCAGACGCCUCAAAAAGGAAAACAAGGUAACUUGGGGCCGAAGCGCCGAGGACCGAGACGGCCGCAUCUUCAGCAGCGACAACGAGGACGAGCCGGGCAAGAACGGCAGCGACGACGAGGAGGAAGACGAGGAAAUUGAUUUGGAAACUGUCGAUAUCGAGAGGCCAGAUGAGCAGCGAGCAGGGGAAACGGGCUCCGGGAAGGGAGACGGGGAUGGAGAGGCAGAUCUAUCAGUCAGAGAGCAGGCCUCGGAGUCCAAGAGCUCGGAGAGCAGCAGGACGCUUUCUGUGGAGGCCCUCAGAGGAGUAGAGCCUGGCGUUUCUCUCAUUAAAUCGCCUGGUGGCGGCAAACUCGCAGUGGAUCAUUCACCCAGCAGACAGGAGUGCCAGAGACCGCCGCAGAGCAAACCCAAAAUCUGGUCUCUGGCUGAGACCGCCACGGCCCCGGACAGCUCUCACAAAUCUGCCUCAGCGGCCCAUGCGCACCACGCGGCUUUGGCCUCCGCCGGACACCCAGCCUUACUCCCGGGACAUGGAAUAUAUACAUGCCAGAUUGGCAAGCUGCACAACUGGGCCAACGCGGCUUUUCUCAAUGCCAACUCUCUUUUGAACAUGAGGUCGCUGCUCGGAGGGGCGCCGGCCGGACACCUGCCUCUCCACGGCGCGGUGCCGGCUGCGCGUCAUGACUCACGGCCGGCGGCGGCUGGCACAGGAACAUCGGGCACGGAGGACGACAGUGAUGUAGAGUCGUCGGGGAGCUUCAGUCCAAAAAGAGAUGAUGAAGAGAGCGACCACAGGACUGAUUCCCUGAAGUCUCCGUUUCAGCUGAUCACUGACAGACCUCACCAUGGGACAGCACCACAGCGCGUUCUGGCAACAACAUUAUGAGAAGACAAGGGGGGAAAAA